GUGAGCGGCCCGGUGCGGGGUAGCCCGGGUCAGCUCCUGCCCGUCACUCGGUAGCACAGCCGGGGUAAUAGCCGCCUCCUCCUCAGGCCAUGGCGCCGCAGUCAGUCGCUCUCCGUGUCCCCGGCGCACGUCUCCCCUCAGGCAGGCAGGCUGUGGUGCGGGCCCGGCUCUGGGGUGGGGGAUGGAGCGUGUCCCGGCUGCUGUGCGCUCUCCGGCGGCCUCGUCCUCUGGCUCCUCCUCGUCCUCAGCAGCAGCGGAAGCGGCUCAUCCGCGUCACCUUCCUCCCCCGGCAACUGCUGCCGAGACCCGGGGAGGAGGAGGGGGGGCAGCAGCACCAGCAGCCGCCCCCACCCCCAGCCACCGCCGCCUUACCGUCACCAUGGUUACCGGCAGCAGCAGCACAGGCCCCGACACCCGCUCACCCGCCCUGUGUACGUGUUACUGAUGUGUCCGGGGAGAAUAUGUCCCUGAUCUGGCUUCAGGUUGGGCAGUGUGGAAACCAGAUUGGACAGGAAUGGUGGCAGAUCCUCACCAACACCGCGGCAGAAAGUGACCAGUACCCCUUCUUCUCCCGCGACGGGCUGAUUAAUGCCAUUUGUGUAGACAGUGAGCCUAAGGUGAUCCGGAGAUUACGGCAACAGGUGAAGAAAGGGUAUUUCAGAGAUGCCAAUGUCGUUGUGGGACAGAAAGGGAGAGGGAACAACUGGGCGUAUGGAUACCGAGGCGCCGGUGGCAGCCCAGAGAAGAGCCUGUUGGACAGGACCAUGGAGAGCGUCCGCAAGGAGGUGGAGCGGAGAGACUGUUACAGCGGCACGGUGAUCCUGCACAGCCUCUGCGGGGGUACCGGCUCCGGAAUGGGAUCCCGCCUGUGUGAGGAGAUCAGAGACACCUACCCUGCAGGCUACAUCCUGUCUGUCACUGCGGCCCCCCACGAGACGGGCGACUCCCCCCUUCAGCAUUAUAACUCGCUGCUGUGUCUGGCUUGGUUGCAGAGGUUCUGCGACGGGGUCCUCCUCUUCCAGAAUGAUGAGGUGAUGAAGAGAGCGGCCUCUGCUGGUGAGAAGAAGACAUUCACCAUGUCUGGCCUGCAGCCAUCCGUGUCCCUCACCUCCAUGAAUACGCACAUUGCCUCCUGCGUGGCCGGGCUCCUCUAUCCGGUGUAUUCCCUAAAGACGAGAAGCUCGGUGAGCGUGGGUCUGGAACCCUGGGAGUUAAUCCGGGCUCUUUGUCCGAUGUCCACCAUGAAAUUCCUCCACACGUCUCAAGUCCGCAGCAGGGGCCCGGCCUCCUGGGAUAAAGUGACUAGUACCGUUGUGCAGAGCGUUCCGCGAGCUGAUCCGCAUGGACGCCUUCAUCACAGCCUGUCUGUACUGGCCGUAGCCCGGAACUCCCAGGACUACUCCUUCAUGCUGUCCCGCGACUCUGUGCUUCUGAAACUGCGACAGUCGUACCGCUGUGUUCCCUGGAACCCUUCCCCCGUCCACUGCUGGACAGAUCCCCAGAAUAUCCUGGACCCCUCGUGUCACAGCCAUUCCCUGACUGUCUGCGCCAAUCACUCCAGCGCCGCCGAUCUGAUGCGCAGUGUGCUCUACAAAGCUCAUGCCAUGUAUGACGCAGGGGCCUAUCUGCACUGGUACCGGAGAUAUGGCUGCGAGGACGGCGACUUCCUCGGAGCAUUCGAUACUCUGCAGUCAGUGGUGAAUGAGUACCGCGGCCUGGCGGAGCAGUGACCCCGGCUUAUACCUCCAUUAUGCCACCUGCGCCCUGAACCCUGACGCUGUUACACGUAUGUGCUUGUCACUCACUCCGCCACCGCACAGACUCUACUUAUUUAUUUUUUGUUUUUUUUAUACUUAAAGGUUUGUAACUUAUUGUUUCUAAUAACAGUAAUGAGGUAAAAGCGACGUUAUUGCCGCAGCUCAGAAUGAGUUUUCUGUUUGUUCCUUGGCGAGAACGGUAUCACCAAUUGCCGCGCCAGCGCCAGAAGGAGAGGACGAGAAUAUCCGUGUGCUGAGAAUUGAUGCUGAGUUACGUUACUGCUCAGUGUGACUGACUCUGCUGCUAAUUAUAAUAUAAUAAUGUUCUUAUCCCAUUGUCCAGGCCGGAAAUAUUUAUUCUUUUUUAUACCAAACUUCUACAUUUUAAAAGGAUGAUUAAAAUAUUUUUAUUUAA